AUGAAGGAAAAGAAUAUAGAAACUGGGACUCUUAAGCUGCAAGCAUCCAUUAAAUCAAUUCCAGAUGCUUUUAAAGUAGAGUGGAGGGUACAGAUGACCCCGGAUGAUGAAUUUCGACCAAUAAAUUUACACGAAGAAACCUAUAAGGGAAGCACAAGUACUCUUCCAAAUCCGAUAUUGGUUGUCAAUAAAUUUAACUCAAAGAAUUUGGAAACAUAUAGAGUAGAGGUUACCAAUUUUCUUGGUGUCAAAGUUGUUUCGAAUCAAAAUCCUUUGAGGAGGUUUUACAAAAAGAGUGGAUCAAGUGUACCUUUUUUCAACCUGAGUAAAAGCGUUGUUAAUGCCUUCUCUGAUAAAGUGGCGAACCUAAAACAGAUAUUGCUCGGUUUAGGCGACAUUGAAGCAAACUCAAUAAAAGCAGCGAAAUCAUCUGAGGAAUGUAUUGAACUUAUCAAGGAGAACAACCUUUUUAACCCUAGAGAUGUGAUUUACAUGCAAUACUUACUAAAGGAGGCAGGAUGCAAUGAAGUUUACGAAAAAUGCAUUGAAUAUGCAAUAAAGGCAAAAGCUAUGUGCUUUUAUGAAAACCCGCAAGAAAAUGGAUUCAUACAAGUAAAAUUUCACAUAUGUGUAAACCUUCAGGAGUACAAUGAACAAGAAAUUGCGUGCAUAAAAAAGACAGUCGAAGAUAUUUUGGAAUGCAGGGAAGAUGAAAUUAAGAUUGCAGGACUUUGUAAUGCCAAAGGUUUUAUUCUAAUUCUUUCAAUAAAGGAAAAGUACGCCAAGGACCUUACUUCAUUAAAUCAGCAUCAAUGUGAAAAACUCAAGAAACUGAAUGUGGAUUAUAUCAUUGUUGGUGAAAGAAAAAUAGAUAUGGAAAGCCAAAAAUCAAAUGCUGUAAAUAUCCAUCCUGAAAGAUUUAUGGCAUACAUGAAAAAUGGGAAGACAACAGUUCGUCAUGUACGUGGGAUUGUGGUUGGAUGUGAAGGAGCAGGGAAAACGACACUUCUAUACAGACUGAUGGGGAAAAGUCUCAAUGAAAUCAAAGAAAUAAAAUCAACCAGAGGACUCCAUUUCUACGAACACAUCUUUUCUGUGAAAAACGGAGAUUUAUCAGCUACGGACGAUGAGUUCUUAAGGAAACCAUUGAUCAGAAUUCCAGCAUCUGAGAUUCAACAGAUGGGAUCAGACCCCAAUGAUGACUCAGUGAAUAUUGAAAUGGGGAUAGAAACUGAAAACAGUUCUAGCUUGGAAAACAAUAAGGUUGAUCAGAGUACUGGAAAAGAAUUAAAUGCAAGGCAGAAUACUGAACCGGGUUCACAGAAAAAUGAAACAGAUGAUCAACAGCCUACAGAAAAUAAAAGAAGAAAAAUGCAUGCCGGAGAAAAUGACGGUAUUGAUCAACAAUUAGCAAGGGAUGUUUUGAAAAAAAUAUUGGAUGACAAGGAAAAUGAAAUAAGUGUCACCAUGAUUGACUUUGCUGGACAAUUUGCUUAUUAUGCUUGUCAUCAGAUUUACAUGAGAUCAGAAGCAUUCUAUGUUCUAGUGUUAGAUAUGAGUAAAGAUUUCGAAAACUUCGUUUGUAGUGACAGAGAUGAAUGUCAGGGCUCCAUCUUCUCUACGUGGACAUACAAAGAUUAUCUUGACUUCUGGCUUGACUCCAUAAAGUCGUUUAGUGGACCUUCUGCACAAGUUCUUGCGGUGGCUACGCAUACAGAAGGCAAGACGGGAGAGGAAAAAGACUCUUUUUGGGAGACUCUUUGGACAUUAGUACCAGAGGAUGAUAAGACCAGGCUUUAUGACAGGGACUUUGCAUUAGGACUAAUAGAGAUGAAUGAGGAAGCGAAGCAUGUUCUGCACAGUUUAAAAAAAUCAAUUUCUGAAGUAGUAUCACAAGGCAUGGAUACGAAAUUAGAAGUUCCAUCAGCCUGGGCACUUCUUGAACAUCUCUUACAAACAAAGGAAAAGCCUAUCUUGUCAAUUAGUGACAUCAACAAAGAGAAUAAGAAACUUUCAGAAGAAUAUCAAUUGAAAAGUCAAGAAGAAAUAUUUGAUUUUCUGUCUUUUUUCCAUGGACAUGGAUUGUUACUCUUUUUUAAGGAGGAGGGACUGAGAACCCACGCAGUUCUAGGCAUACAGUGGUUUUCUAACGCAUUCAGUAAGCUUAUUGCUGACAAGGAACACAUCAACAGGGACUGCAAACGAAGAUAUAUAGAAGAUUGGAACCAUUUCAAUGCGACGGGACAUCUGAGCAAUCCACUGUUAGAUUCUCUGUGGAAAGAAGAAUCGUCAUAUAUAGAACAUAAGACAAUACUUAUGUCAUACAUGGAGAGAUUACGGAUGUUAGUCAGCAUUGAAGGAGAAUCCUCCUGGUAUGUCCCCUGCAUGAAUAAAAAGCCUUUCACACACGGUCUCUUAAAACAGACACUAGAGAAAUCGUCCAUUCUGUGUUUUCGAUUUACUUCCUUUGCCAUGUUUGUCUUCUACAGGCUUAUUGCAUAUUGCAUGAGUUUCCUGAAGUGGAAAGUUCAGCUCGAUGGGUACAAAAGUCAAUGUCUGUAUCACACAGCGGCGAUUUUCGAAACCGAAAAUCACACAGUUACCGUUGGUAUAAUAAAUAACGAUAUCCAGGUGCAGGUAUUGCGGAUUAAUGAUCUACAGCUCAAGGUUUCCUGCAAAAUUGGAAAAUCCAUUCAAACUGCCUUAACAGAAUUGACAGCAACAUUUAAUGAGAAGAAAACCUUUCAAAAAGGUUACAAAUGCCUUAAUCUUUUCUGCUGUGAAAAGGAUCUAACUUUUAUUCCUGAGAAUGAACUUUCUGGAAGUCAAUGCAAUUGUCCUAUUGGGAAAGGAAAACACAAGAUAGAUGUUCAAUGGACUUUGGGAUUUUGGGAAGAU